ACUUUUAGUCCACUAGUUCAUUCCCUCUGCAAAGGUUUUAUUUAGUAUUCCCAUUCUUUCCUGCCUCCUUUAUCAUAACAUUGCUUAUGCAGCCUUACUAUGAAAAUGAAAUUCCCAAUAAUACCCUUUACCAUCAUCAACAACAACAACUCACCAUUGAUAAUUCUCACUCCUCCAUUCUCUCCACCCCUCAACUUUCCUUAACACCAAACCACAUUCAUCACCCUAUUCUCCAACACUAUCAUCAUUCACACUCUCCACAUCACCGACAACAAUUUCAACAUUUUUAUCAACAUAAAUAUCAACCACAACCACCACAACAACAAGAACAACAAGAAACCUAUUCUUUGGGUGAGACUAUUGUAAACCGUUACAUCGAAUGCGAGGAAGGAUCCACAGCUAGAGUAUCUUUUUGGAAAGCAUUCAACAACACAGUGCAAUAUGAUGCAACAGAAAAACAACAACAUGAAAACCAAAACGAGACAUGUUUGGUUUUGGACAACAACUUCGACGAGCUUGAAGCUGUGUACAAAAAUAAACUAGGCCGGAAUCGAGAAGAACGGGGAAGUGCAAGGAAGAAGAUGAGGAAGAGGAAAGUAGUGAAGGAGGAAUUGAGUAUGAUGAAUUCGUUUUUGAAGAGGUUGGUGAAACGUGUGGUGAAUCAUCAAGAGGCUCUUCAGAAUAAAUUGUUGGAGGUGAUUGAUAGAAUGGAGAGAAGACGAAUAGAGAGAGAAGAAAAUUGGAGGCGUGAAGAAAAUGAGUUGUAUGAAAGAGAAGCUAUUGUGAAAGCACGUGAGAGAGAUCUUGCUAAACGGAGAGAGUCUUCCAUUGUUUCAAGCAUAGAGAAAAUUACUGGUCGAAAAUUCUUUUUUGUUUCUGAGAGCACUCAUCAAAAUUGAAGAUUAUUGUGUUUUUCUUUGCAUUUGAUUCAGUUACUUUUAACAACACUUAUUGAGUUGCCAUUUGGAUUCCUCAAAAGUUUUUUCAAUGAUCUAGUAGUGAUAACUUGAGUACUAUUUAGUAGUGUAUGUUUGGUUUUGCAGCGAAUUUUCCGUGUUUACUAACGAUUACAAAAGAAUUUCCAUUUCUAUAUAGAAGUUUGGUAUUGUGGCUUUUGUGAAAUCUUGGCUAAUGUUUAGAUGCGAGUUUGGAGUCCAGCGCAGAACCAAACACGUGCGUAGUUUUGAAUUGUAGUAAAUCAGAGGAGAGUUGUGCUAUAGGGAAGCAACAAAGAAAAUUGUAAGAUCGCUAUCCCUCUUAAAUCAGACGCUUUCAAUUUCAAGUGUCGGAAGUACAAAAGUAUUUUUAGGGAGAUGUAAUUCUUUCUUUAAAUUUCAACUACUUAUAUUUGAUUAAUUCGUUUUAGAUUAUGUUUUGUACAUCAAAUGAUAACAU